AGAGAGGUGGGGUGGUGCUGCUGCUGCUACUCAGCCCAGCACCACCGCGAGCCAGCAGCGCUAGCCAUCCAGAAGGCGGUGGUCACCCUGUGCCUUUUUAAAUCUCCAAAGAGCCUGAUCCGGAGCAGACUCCCCUCAUGCAUUGGAUUCGUUCCACUGGAUCCUUGGCCUUUGAGGAGGAGGAGGAGGAGGAGAAGGCGAGGAGGCUCCUCGAUCCUAUGCGGAUGUAAGGUCCCCGGGUGUGUGUUUUCUGAGCAGAGGCUGUGAAGUAGGCAGGGCUGGUUGUUUGGCUUGGUGGUUCGGGUUUGUGUGUGUUGCUGCUGCUGCCCACAGACAGUACUAGCGUGAGCAAGAGCCUCGGAUCGCGGUUCUGCCUCCUUUGCAAAGGCUGAUCCAGGAUUAUGAUCUAGGUGAAGGGGAAGUCUGUUGCCCCCUCCCCCAAAGAUUUAUUAUGCUCGGAUUUUGAUUGUAUUUUGGGGGGGUUUCUGCAAACACGGCCGUCCCCCCUCCUUCCCUCCCUUCCUCCCUUGUUUUCCGUUAGAAACACAGGCACAUUGUAUGUAUUCACGGGGUGUCGCAAGAGCAAAGGCUAAAUAAUCAAAGGUAGCAGCAGCGACAAGAAGGGAGCCCCCACGUUGUGGUCUCCCCCCCCUGCCCCCCGCAGACCUGCUCUCCUAUUUAUUGGUGAGAUCUCCCUGCCUCCCUCCCUGUGCGUGUGAGUGUGUGUGUGAGUGAGUGUGCUUAAUCCCAGGAAAAGUGAAGCCAUCCAACCAUGGUGGUUUUUAAUGGCUUGCUGAAAAUCAAGAUCUGCGAGGCGGUGAAUCUGAAACCCACACCUUGGUCGCUGAGGCAUGCGGUGGGUCCCAAACCACAGACCUUUUUGCUGGACCCUUACAUCGCCCUCAACGUGGACGAUUCCAGGAUCGGGCAGACCUCGACCAAGCAAAAGACUAACAGCCCUGCCUGGAAUGAUGAGUUUGUCACUGACGUUUGCAAUGGCAGGAAGAUUGAGAUGGCUGUUUUCCAUGAUGCCCCCAUCGGGUACGAUGAUUUUGUGGCUAACUGCACUAUCCAGUUUGAGGACUUGCUGCAGAAUGGGAGCCGCCACUUUGAGGACUGGAUUGACUUGGAGCCUGAAGGAAGAGUAUAUGUCAUCAUAGAUCUUUCAGGAUCAUCAGGUGAAGGUGGAAAGAGCUGCAGGUAUAGGACUACUUGCUCUGCUAGUCGACUGGUCCCUGUUUGCAAGCUACCCAGAUUAAAUUCAGCACCCAAAGACAAUGAAGAACGUGUGUUCAGAGAGCGGAUGCGUCCCAGAAAGCGGCAGGGUGCUGUGCGACGCAGAGUUCAUCAAGUCAAUGGACACAAGUUUAUGGCCACCUACCUUAGACAACCAACAUAUUGUUCGCACUGCCGAGACUUUAUAUGGGGUGUAAUAGGAAAACAGGGAUACCAAUGUCAAGUUUGCACUUGUGUAGUCCACAAGAGAUGCCAUGAGCUUAUAAUAACUAAGUGUGCUGGUUUAAAGAAACAGGAAACUCAUGACGAGCAAGUGGGCUCCCAGCGCUUCAGUGUCAACAUGCCUCACAAGUUCAGCAUUCAUAAUUACAAAGUGCCCACCUUCUGUGACCACUGUGGUUCAUUGCUCUGGGGUCUUUUGAGACAAGGUUUACAAUGCAAAGUUUGCAAGAUGAAUGUACAUAGACGCUGUGAAACAAACGUGGCACCAAACUGUGGAGUGGAUGCUAGAGGAAUAGCUAAAGUACUUGCAGAUCUUGGAGUCACUCCAGAUAAGAUCACUAAUAGUGGGCAACGAAGGAAAAAGGGAAAAGGCAACACCGAGAACUCUGGUCUUGGGCUAAUUGCAGGUGCAGAAUCUCAGCAGCCAGUUCCUGGAACCACACCUUCAGAAGAAGACAGGUCAAAGUCAGCACCGACCUCUCCGUGUGAUCAGGAAAUCAAAGAGCUUGAAAACAACAUUAGGAAAGCUUUGUCAUUUGACAAUCGAGGAGAAGAACACAGAGCAACAGCAGCAACAUCAACAGACAAUCAGCUUAAUAAACCUGGGGAGAAUGGUGAAAACGGGGAAGUCAAACAAGUCCAGACCAAGCGAAUGGGCCUUGAAGAGUUCAACUUCAUUAAAGUAUUAGGGAAAGGCAGCUUUGGCAAGGUCAUGCUAGCUGAGCUAAAAGGUAAAGAUGAAGUAUAUGCGGUGAAAGUCUUAAAGAAAGAUGUCAUCCUUCAAGAUGAUGAUGUAGACUGUACAAUGACAGAAAAGAGAAUUCUGGCAUUAGCACGGAAACAUCCCUAUCUAACACAACUUUACUGCUGCUUCCAGACCAAGGACCGCCUCUUUUUCGUCAUGGAAUAUGUAAAUGGUGGAGAUCUAAUGUUUCAAAUUCAGCGCUCACGCAAAUUUGACGAGCCUCGAUCCCGCUUCUAUGCUGCAGAGGUCACAUCAGCACUCAUGUUUCUUCACCAGCAUGGCGUCAUCUACAGAGACCUGAAAUUGGACAAUAUUCUUCUGGAUGCAGAGGGUCAUUGCAAGCUGGCGGAUUUCGGAAUGUGUAAAGAAGGGAUUCUGAACGGAGUAACAACCACUACAUUUUGCGGAACACCAGACUACAUAGCUCCAGAGAUCCUCCAAGAGUUAGAAUAUGGUCCCUCGGUAGACUGGUGGGCUUUGGGUGUUCUGAUGUAUGAAAUGAUGGCUGGGCAACCUCCUUUUGAAGCUGACAAUGAAGAUGAUCUCUUUGAAUCCAUCCUUCAUGACGAUGUGCUCUACCCAGUCUGGCUCAGCAAAGAAGCUGUCAGCAUUUUAAAAGCAUUCAUGACAAAAAACCCAAAUAAGCGACUAGGCUGUGUGGCGUCGCAAAAUGGGGAGGACGCGAUUAAACAGCAUCCGUUCUUUAAGGAAAUUGACUGGGUUCUUCUUGAACAAAAGAAAAUCAAGCCACCCUUCAAACCUCGGAUUAAAACCAAAAGGGAUGUAAAUAACUUUGAUCAAGACUUUACACGAGAAGAGCCAGUAUUAACGCUAGUGGAUGAGACAAUUAUAAAGCAAAUCAAUCAGGAAGAAUUUAAAGGGUUCUCUUAUUUUGGAGAAGAGCUACUGCCAUAGUCAGCAGUGGGCUGCUAGAUGAAUGAUGCUGCAAGAAGUGGUCCUAAGAAGAUCCUCCAGUUACUGAGACUCACUAGAUCAAGAACUACUUCUCUUACCAUGAGCCCGUAUCCCAAUUUAAACUAUAUAUUUAUUAUUUUCCUUUAAUCGUCUGAUCUGAAGGCACUCUUAAUUUCUGUCUCACAAACAAUGCAAAACAAUUUUGUAUCAGAAAUUGUAGAUGUAACACACUGCCGUGCUUUUGCAAUUUGCAACCUUUCUGUGACUCAUAAUGUCUCCCAGAAAGGACAUCAUUUGCAUCUUUUCAUGAAACAAAAAGAGCCAUACUAUUUUAAAACAGAGAUUUAGCAGAUUUUAUUUCUCAUCCUACAACAGUACAUAAUUGCCAUACAUCUUUAAUUAAGAGAGAGAGAGCCAUUUCUUCUGCACUGGUGAUUACAACAAUGUUUGUACUCAGAUGUGAAGAAGACAGUUAUACACAGUUCUGUGGUAAUUGAAAAAGUCUACUUUCUUAGAUGUGCAAUUACUGAUCACAUACAUAUGCUUUAACGUACUGGGGUGCAAGCAUAAUGUAAAACUAUCCACCAAAAACAGGCCUAGCUAAUUUUUCAUGAUUAGUAGUUAGGAAUAAAAAGAAUCAUGAAGAUAAUGUAAAAAGUUGCUUAAAAUAGGAAAUCAGAUACUUUAUAGACAGGUAUUAAAGGGCUAAAGUAUAAGAAUCGAUCAGUUCUCCAAAAGCCUAUAACAGCUUUAACAAAGCUACAUAGGUUUACUACAAAUUUGACAGGUAAUUGGGUAAACAUUACUUUUCUUUCUUAGUAAAAGUUUGUACCCAAAGCAAACAUUGGCAGGCAUGGAGGUGUUUUAAAUUACAUGUUUCUAAAAAAUAAUAAUCCUUUGUAUUCAAUUUGAAUGAUAACAAUCCUGCUUAAUUAUGUGUAUUUAUUUUUCACAGCAGUGUGUUACUUUUGCACACUUUUACAAAACCAUAGUACUACUGUUUUUAAUGUUUAAAAUCUAAUAUGAAAACUGUGCUAUUAGAAAAACACAAAACAAAGCUUAACAUGGAUUAUGUGAAAGUGUGUUGAAAGACUGAAGAUCAAACAUUCAAAAACUGACAUUAUGGAAAGAUGUAAAUUGAUUUUCUUGUGUAUUAAUUGAAGUGGUAACUCAUGUGGACAAUAUUACUAAUGUGAAGUUACCUCCUGUAGAUAUGCUAACAGUGUUAUGUACUUAUAUUUCCAGAAGUACCCUGUGUUUUUUGUGUACAUGUAUCGCUGAGGUAAUUUUAUUAUAUAUUUUACUGGACUGAGUGAGCAGUUAAUGGAAUCCAUUUUAAUUGUUGCACAUGGAUUUCCAGCUGCACAAAAAAUAUAUAUACUUGUUACUGGCAAAGUGGCACUUAAGAAGCUUUUUUGCCUUUUGUACAGGUGAGAUUUUGUAUAUAGUGUUUGCUGCAAGGCCUGUGGAAUUCAUUGAAUAUAGAGGUAUCAACUGCUGCAUGUUCAGGCAUAUUAUAAAAACUUUAGUCUAUGAAAGAAUAAUUAUAAUAAUGUCCAUGUGCAAUACUCUGUAUGUGUAUUGGUUCAAGUUACUGUCAGAGAGAUGAGGUUUUUUUUUGUUAUAAAAGAUGUAGACAUAUAUUAAGCUAUACUAAAUCUCUUUUAUAGUUCUCUUCAACUCUAUGCUAUGAUAGAGCUAGGAAAGAGAAAGGAAUGUUACAAAUUGUGGUGGACAAAGUGCGAGUCAUUGGCUUUAAGAGAGAAAUCUUGGUCUCAAGCAAAUGAGUUAGUUUGUGUCAAUUAUGCGUCUGGCUGCUCAUAGCCUUUGUAACUGAUGACAACAUUCAGUUCCAUUUUGUUUUUUUAAAAACUCAGGUGUAAUUAUUAUAUAUAUUCUUAUGAUGAUUUCAAAAUAUUAAAUAUUAUGCUAUAUCUAUUCAUGUGUUGUCUGGCCUACAGGUGUAAUAAUGGAUCGAAUCUUUAGAUUAAUUUAAUUUAUCUUCAGUAAAUUUAUGUACUGGGAAAAGACUAGCUUCUGGAGUUGAGUACAAGCACAGAAACAUUUUAAUGAUUACAUCAUCUCAUUUUUUUUUUCCAAGGAAACUGUUGUAACAUUGCCCAUACAUUUUCAUGUGUCACUACUGGCUCUGUGUAGUUUUCACCACCUGUAGCUUUUGUCAUCCAGGCAAGAACUGAUCACAGUGCUAAGUGUUCUUUUACAUAGGUGAAUAGAACGAAGAAAAAUGAUUGCAUAGUGCACUACUGUUUGUAAAAUUAGAGGCCUUUAUACAAAAUUAUUAGCAUUUGCUUUUGGAGAGUAAAUACAUUCCACAAAGCUUUUGUGAGCAAACGGUUUAGAUCAAUCCUGUUUUUAGUGUGAAAAUCAUGAACACACAUUUCUAUUACCAGAGGCCUUGGCACCCGCAUUUGUUUUGUAAGGAUGCUAAGUGAGGAGUCAAGGAGGUAAAACUUUUGCAUGGGCAGAUGUUUCUUCAAUACAAGUAAAUAGAUCUUCUGUGUGGGGUUUACAUUAGGAGGUUUGUCUGUUACCUUUGAACAUUUUUUUAAAGAUAAUUCUUAAAAAUGGACAUGCUGUUACAUUUCUGUAAAAUCUUUCCUGAUCUUUUUUUGUAAAAUGAGUGCAAAAUGCCAAAAAAAAAAAAGAGAAGAAUCCACUGUUUCUUGUUUUUCUUCCAUAUAGAUUUUAUAAAAAGUGGAAACAUUUUUUCCAUAGAGUGAAAAAUAAUGAAUUCUCUCCAAAAAGCUAAAAAAUUACCUCUUUUUAAAUUAUGGGCAGAAUAGCUCUCGUUAAAUAUAAAAUGUAUUCAAUUUUAGAGUUGGGGUUGGCUGGGUUUUUUGGUGAGGCUUUAUUUGUACAGGAUUUCUUUUUCUUAUGGAUGUAAUUCGAAUCUCUUGCCAUUCAUUAGUGUUAUUUCAUCGUAAACAUUAUUACUGUGCCAAAUGUACUGUAUUCAAAAGGAU